GCAAUUUUCCCUUGAGGCUAACUGACGGCGGCCAAAGCUUGAAAGUUGAACUCAAAACUCAGUAAUCGCAGGGCAACCACCAAAAACCCAACUCUCCACCGCCACAAACACUUCAUCGUAGAUGAAUGUUCACCGGAGAUACCUCUCGUCUUCUUAAUUCGAGCCAACAACAACAUCUACCAUUUACAAACGCCAUGCCUUGUUCCAUUUCCAUUCACAACCAUCUCUGGUCAAGGACAUCUUAUCUUACUCUCUCUUUAUGGAAACCCAAAUCAUCAAUAGCUGCUUCAAACAUCUCUUUGCAGCUCACCCGUCGACUCCAUUUUCUCCCCACUUUCCAACCCCAACAAGGUCUUGAUUGUUCCUCAAGUGCUGGGAGAUUUCUACUAAAGGGUCGGAGGUCUUCUUCUUUCCCUUUCGUUUGUUCGGCGGCUUUGCCAUCUGUUUCAUCACCUGUUCGGAACAAGAAACGGGGAAAUACCCUUUUUCCUAACCAUUUUCAGCAACAAUUUGGGUAUGGACGGCUUGCUUAUGAUGAAUAUGCAUCUGAGGAUGAAUCUGACCGAGAAGUUGAUUCUCAAAAAUUGGGUGCUUCGACCUUGGAUAAUGUAGAAGAGUGGAAAUGGAAGUUUACGAUGCUAAUGCGCAGUGAACAUGAACAAGAGGUUAUUUCUAGAGAAAAGAAAGAUAGGCGUGACUUCGAUCAAAUUUCGGCUUUGGCUACCAGAAUGGGUCUAUAUUGUCGCCAAUAUUCAAAAGUGGUUGUUUUCAGCAAGGUCCAAUUGCCAAAUUACAGACCUGAUCUGGAUGAUAAACGCCCUCAAAGAGAGGUUAUCUUACCUAAUGGAUUGCAAAGGGAGGUAGAUACACAUCUUAAAGAGUACAUCUCUAGCAAAAAAGCUGAGAUGGAGAAAUUUUCAGGUGAUGCCUUUCCAGGCAGCCGAAUUGGUACUGGUCUGAAUGAAGUAGACGAGCAAGAGGAACCUUCAACACAAAAAAGAGUCAUAUCAGAUACGAUUCUUAGAAGGAGAAGCUUGCAACUGCGAGAUAAGCAGCAAGUUUGGAAGGAAUCACCAGAAGGUCAGAAGAUGUUCCAGUUUCGUCAAACUCUUCCUUCCUAUAAGGAGAGGGAAACACUAUUAAGUGCUAUUUCACAAAAUCAGGUGGUGGUUGUGUCAGGUGAAACAGGGUGUGGUAAAACCACACAACUUCCACAGUACAUCUUAGAAUCUGAAAUUGAAGCUGGUCGUGGAUCUUUCUGUAAUAUUAUUUGUACCCAGCCUAGGAGAAUAUCCGCUAUGUCUGUUUCCGAGAGAGUUGCAGCAGAGCGUGGGGAGAGCUUAGGGGAAUCGGUUGGUUAUAAAGUUCGAUUAGAAGGAAUGAAAGGAAGGGAUACCCGCCUUCUAUUUUGCACAACAGGGAUAUUAUUGAGGAGGCUACUUGUUGACAGAAAAUUGGAUGGGGUAACUCAUGUAAUUGUUGAUGAGAUACAUGAACGAGGGAUGAAUGAAGACUUUCUCAUCAUCGUUCUAAAGGAUCUGCUAGCUCGAAAGCCGGAGUUAAGAUUGAUUCUGAUGAGCGCAACAUUGAAUGCGGAACUUUUUUCUUCAUACUUUGGUGGCGCUCCUAUGAUCCAUAUUCCUGGAUUUACAUAUCCUGUUAGGAGUCAUUUCCUUGAGAGCAUUUUGGAAACCACCGGAUAUAGGCUGACUUCAUACAACCAGCUUGAUAAUUAUGGUCAAGAUAAAUCAUGGAGAAUGCAAAAGCAAACUCUCAAAAAGAGGAAGACCCAAAUUGCUUCAUCAGUAGAGGAAGCGCUUGAAGCUGCUGAUUUUAGAAACUACAAUUUACGAACUCAAGAGUCUUUAGCUUGUUGGAAUCCUGAUACAAUCGGAUUUAACCUCAUCGAGCAUGUACUUUGUCAUAUUGUUACGAAAGGGAGACCUGGUGCUGUUUUGGUAUUUAUGACUGGAUGGGAUGACAUAAACUCUUUAAAAGAGCAGCUUCAGUCUAAUCCACUUCUAGGAGAUUCAAGCAGAGUGUUGCUCCUUGCAUGUCAUGGCUCCAUGGCCAGCUCAGAGCAGAAGCUGAUAUUUGAUAAACCUGAAGAGGGGAUCAGAAAAAUUGUAUUGGCUACUAAUAUGGCGGAAACAAGUAUCACGAUUAAUGAUGUGGUUUUCGUUGUUGAUUGUGGAAAGGCAAAAGAGACUUCAUAUGAUGCUCUUAACAAUACCCCUUGUUUGCUCCCAUCUUGGAUUUCAAAGGCUUCUGCACGACAGAGAAGAGGAAGAGCUGGUCGUGUUCAACCAGGCGAGAGUUACCAUCUCUAUCCCCGAUGUGUGUAUGAUUCAUUUGCUGAUUAUCAACUACCAGAACUUUUGAGGACUCCCCUACAGUCCCUUUGUUUGCAAAUUAAAAGCUUGAAAUUGGGGAGUAUUUCCGAGUUCCUAUCUAGGGCUUUGCAGUCACCUGAACCUCUAUCUGUUCAAAAUGCUGUUGAGUACUUAAAAAUCAUCGGGGCAUUGGAUGAGGAUGAAAAUUUGACUGUAUUAGGACAAAACUUAUCAAUGCUUCCAGUGGAGCCCAAGCUAGGGAAAAUGCUAUUGUUGGGGGCUAUUUUCAACUGCCUUGAUCCCAUAAUGACAGUCGUUGCUGGUCUAAGCGUUAGAGAUCCAUUCUUGAUGCCUUUUGACAAGAAGGAACUUGCGGAAUCUGCAAGGGCGAAGUUCUCUGCUCAUGAUUACAGUGACCAUAUUGCCCUUGUCCGGGCCUAUGAGGGGUGGAAAGUUGCUGAGAAAGAGCGAUCUGGCAAUGAGUUCUGUUGGAGAAAUUUCCUUUCUGCACAAACUCUUAAGGCCAUUGAUUCUCUUCGAAAGCAGUUUUCAUAUCUUCUUAGAGAUGCUGGUUUUAUUGAUAAUAACAUUGAAGCUUGCAAUACAUGGAGUCAUGAUGAACACCUUGUACGGGCUGUUAUCUGCUCUGGUCUUUUCCCUGGCAUAUGUUCCGUUAUGAACAAAGAAAAGUCUAUUUCACUGAAAACAAUGGAAGAUGGUCAAGUACUUCUAUACUCAAAUUCUGUGAAUGCUCAGGCGCAAAAAAUUCCAUACCCAUGGCUAGUCUUCAAUGAAAAGAUUAAAGUAAAUUCUGUAUUUCUCCGAGAUUCAACAGCAGUAUCGGAUUCAGUGGUUCUCUUAUUUGGAGGAAAAGUUGCUAGUAUGGGCUUGGAUGGAUACUUGAAAAUGUUGGGCGGUUAUUUGGAAUUUUUCAUGACACCCGGGUUGUCAAAUACGUAUGUGAGUUUGAAGAAAGAGCUUGACGAAGCUAUUCAAAUGAAACUUCUGAAUCCCAAGUUAGAGAUGCAAAGCCACAACAAGCUUCUCUCGAUAGUAAGAUUACUCGUUUCAGAGGAUCGGUGUGAGGGUAAAUUCGUGGUUGGUCGUAAGCCCAUAGCACCAUUGAAAAAGGGCAGUAAAUCUGAUGCACUUCUUCCCGGUUUAAAAGCAUUAAAAGAUGCAAGUGGUGGCGAUAAUUCCAAAACCGAGCUACAAACAUUGCUUCUUCGAGCUGGACAUGGAACUCCUUCGUACAAAACUACACAAACGAAAAAUAACAAAUUCAGAUCAACUGUAUUCUUUGGUGGGCUUGAUUUUGUUGGUCAGCCAUGCAACAAUAAGAAACAAGCUGAGAAAGAUGCUGCUUCUCAAGCUUUACUGUGGUUACUGGGUGAAACUCAAUCAGCACCUCAAGUGACUGUUGUUGAUCAUAUGUCUACUUUUUUGAAUAAAACUGGAAGGCGUAGAAGGCGAUCGGGUAAGGGCAGGUCCAUGGAAGAAGAUUGGGACUAACUUGAUCAAGAUCAUAUAUAAUUCUCAGUUCAGUAUAGGUGGAUAUAUAUAUAAAAAAGAUAACAGAAGAUCAUUUCAUGACCAUUAUUUGCAAGCCUCGAGGAAUUAAGGUUAUAGGUCUGAUUUUGAGCCGGCGUUUCGAUCCUUUUGGGCAAAUCUCAAAAAUAUCCUUGAUGAUUGAGUCCUAAGAUUCCAGUUUAACGCUCAGAUGGGUACCUAUAAGGCAAAUAUCUGUUUCUAUAUUUUUGGUAGCGCGUUUAGAUAUUACAUUGACUAUUAGUAUUGCACAAGGAAUUUCUGAGUUAUUGUAAUAUAUCUGAGUUCAUGUUUAUUUUAUGCUAUUACAGAUUCAAAGAGGGUUUUUGUUCUCAAAAUUAUUUGGUAAAGCAGGAUUAAUUGCACAUGAAAUAUAUAGUUUUGUUUGAUGUGACA